CAGCCGGAAGUCGGUGCAGUUACUGGGGUUGUUUUUACACUGAUGGCGCAGGGGGAGGAGGUUUUUGCUAGCUGGGGUAUAAAUAUAUAAUGGUAAUGUUAGGUUUAAGAAAGUUACAUUUCUUUACAGGAAUUACAGUUUGUGUGUUGAGGCGAAUAUAGUUUAUUUAUUUUUUUUGCACCGCUUUGUUGUAAACGGAUAUUAGCUUUAGCUAAGAGCCUGUUUAUAUCUUAGUAGCGCAGCGGAGUGUCAAAGUCAUAAACCAGUUAAUUUGUUGUCCACACAGGGGGAUUUCUCCUAAACGCAAUGUCCAAAGGCCGAAAACGCUCGAAAGCUAAAUCAGCAGCAAAGGCAGCAAAAGCGGCCGCUAAGGCAGCUGGUUUCGAUAUGCCUCCCGGACCAAGGCCGCUGUUUCCUGGUGGAUUUUGUGGCGGUGGUCCGCCGCUCCUGCGACCAAUGAUGCCUGGAAAUCGCUUUCCUAUGGGCCCUCCUGACUUUAGACCGCCAAUGAUGGACGGUGGACCAUUUAUGAACGAGCCUUCUAACUUUGGGAUGAGAGAUCAACAUGUGCACAGACCAGGGUUUGACAUGCACUCACGCUUCGUUCAUCCAGAUAUGGAGGACGGACCACGAGGCUUUCACCCAGAACCACAUGAAGGCAGACCAUCGGGUUUUGUGCCACCUGAGUUUCGGGAUGGACCCCCUGAUUUUGUGCCACCUGAGUUUCGGGAUAGACCCCCUGAUUUUGUGUCACCUGAGUUUCGGGAUGGACCACACGAAUUUAGGGAUAGACAUUCUGAUUUUGUCCCACCUGAAUUUAGGGAUAGACCACCCCACUUUGUCCCACCCGAGUUUAGGGACCGACCUCAAGGUUUUGCCCCACCUGAGUUCAGAGAUAGACCACGAGACUUUCCCCCAACUGAAUUUAGGGAUGGACCCUCAGACUUCGUCCCACCUGCAUUUGGGUAUGGGUCACAAGGCUUUGGUCCACCAGCAGGAAUUCGGCAGUUUGAGGAUGGACCAGGCUGCCAUGCAGUGGAUCCGAAUUGUAUGCACCCCCAGAAAUCCCCUAGCAAUGCUCCCUGCCCACCUCAGCAGCCAUCCGAGUCGGCAACUGAACAAUCCAGUGCUUCUGUCACUAAUGAAAACAGUACAAAUUCCACCACCACUACUACAUCAGCAGCAUCCACUUCAAACAAAGAAAUAUCUGUUGUUAAGAAAAUGCUGGGAUCAGUGAAACCUCCACCUGGAAGAUCUCUGGGAGUCAUCACCUUUAUUUCUAACAGCUACGGGUUCAUCGAACGCGAAGACCUUAAAAAAUAUUCUUUCUCAUUCGAUGCUUUCUUCGGAAAACGAAUCCAUUUGGUACCGGGGGUUAAAGUGCAUUUCACAGCAGUCCAAGAACUGGGAAAGGAAUUUGCUACUGACGUGAAGGUUGCACCAAGAGGGACAGAGGAGAUUGGAGACACGGUCUAUGAGGGUGUGGUGAUUGCAGUGCUGCCCGAGACUUACGUGUUGGAACCACAUCCGGGCCGCAUCAGAAGCAUUCUCACUACCGAACCUGUAAAACUGCCCUUCGGAAAGAUGGACUCCAAAGCCACCCUUCUACUGUUCGACCGGGUGAAAUUUCAGCUAGUCAAGGAUAUUAUUUCAAAGGUCCGCAGAGCAACAAACAUCACGCCACAAAUGCCAGAAACUAUUCAGCUUACCAAGGAAACCAGGGAAAAGGGUGUUAUAAUGAGCAUUACGCCUGAUACCUUCACUAUCAAGUCAAAGACACAUGAAAACCUUACUGCCUCCCUCAAUGAGAAUUUCUCUCAUGAUCAGCUGAAGGUCAUGGAUGAGGUCGAGUUCACCCUUGUAACUGCAAAGGACAAAAUGAAGGCAAUUAGAAUAAUGAAACUUCCGGAGCAGUCAGUGGAGUUAAAUUCACAAGCCAAAAAUGUUACUGACUCCUCUGCAGGCAAAUCAUUGUGGAAACCAGUGAACUCCGUGGUAGCAGCUGUUGACGAAGACAUAAGCAAUGAGAAAUACGAUGGAACAAUUUCUCAAAUCAUUCCUAAAUCUUCUGAAAAGGAGAUGGAGCAAGAGCUGCCACGGGGGAUUGUGGACACAGUUGUGAAUGGAAAACAAAAAAGGUUACCAUUUGGUCCAGGUGAUGUGAUCACACAAGCCACCAUGAUGGUCGGUGACAAAGUCCAGUUUAACAUUGCCACCAAACAGCAGACCAAGGGGCAGCAUGCCAUCAACAUUGAGAUUCGGCUAGAAACCUUUCAAAGAGAGUCCAAGGAGCAACGCAAGAUAGGCAUUGUUGUGAAAUUGGAUGCUAAUUCUGGGUUCAUCAAGGCUCCACAGAACCCACAGGUGCGUUUUGACCUGUCUGAGGUCAUGGAUGAUGUCAAACUCUCCUUGUUAGAGAAAGUUGAGUUUACGUUAGCUGCGGGGGCUGACGAGGCUGCUGACAGUAAACUAGCGAUUCGAAUCAGAAGGCUGACUGAGAGUGUCUUUACAUCUGUGCCAAAAGUAGAAGAAAAGAAAGAGAAGAAGAAAAUGACAAUUAAAUUGCUGAAAGAUCUGAAGGAGAGCAUCAAAACCCAUGUCAAAACAGAGGGCGAAGAUUCUGAUUUACUGGAUGCAGAGAAGCCAAAAGCUAUUAAAGAGGACAAUAAAGGCAAAGAUGAAAACUCUAACAAGGGGAAUGGCGAGCGCAGCAGAAGCCGAGAAAGCAGCCGGCGUAGUCGCAGCCGUAGCCAGGAGAAGAGUGGUAGUUACCAUAGCAAGCGUAGGAGCUCCAGUCGUGACAGGAGUCACCGAAGUUACAGGCGGAGCCGCAGCCGGAGCAGAGAUCGCUCGCGAAGAUACAGACGGAGUUACAGCCAUAGCCGUAGCCGCAGUAGAAGCAGGGAAAGGAGCAAUCGGAGCGGAAGAAAAAGAACUUGCAGCCCAGAAAACAUGCAUGAGCAUCGCAAAGGACAGAGCCAAGAAUGCAGCAGCAGCAGCAAACGAAGCAAAAGCCCUGAUGACAAAAUCAAAACAUCAAAAUAUGCAGCCAGCACACCGUCUAUGGAGUCGGUAAAUAAUGAACUGGCAAUGAAGAGGAACGAAUUAUUGGAGCUCAAUGAGUUAAUAGCACGUAAAAAAGCAAUAAUUGCCAUGGAACAAAACAGCAAGACCCCAAGUCAAUUUAAAGAUACACUCUAUACUGAUACUGAAAUUGAUACUCAACACGGGAUCGCGACAUUUGAUUAUCAGCACAAAACCUACCAAGAGAACUCGUGGACCCCUGACAUGAAGCCAUUUAGGUCUAUUUUAAAGAAGCAUUCUGAAUCUCUUUCCAAUUCCCAAAAUCAGGAAAUUGAAAGAAGUGAGAGUAUAGAAGAGCCAGAGGGAUGCGCACAAACCAACACUUCCAGUAUGUACACAUCUGCCGGUUCAGUCCCUGUAUGGAGUAAACAGAGUUCUACAGCUGAGAUUGAGGAUCUAGAACUAGCAAGAAAAAAGAGACAGUUGGAGGAACUAAGUGAAAGUAUUGCACGUAAAAGAGCAAUCAUAGCCAUGGAACAGAAGGCUAAAGCUCUUUCUGAUGGGUCUGAAAUCAAAAAGAAAUACGAUUUUGGUUCCUGCUCAGACGACCUCAACAUAACAAUGGCGAACAAGAACACCUGGCAACUUGAUAUCAAACCUGAUCUUCAGCCAAAGAAGUCCAUUCUGAAGAAGCGGACAGAAACGGUUCCUGACCAGCCACAGAAGGAUUUGACCUCAGCUGGUCAGUAUGGUCAUUUUCCUCUGUUUAAACAACCUGAAGAUGAUUCCUCAGCUUUCCUUAAUCCCUCUGGGCCUUUAGAUACUGCAUUUAAAAAAACACCAUCAGUGCUUUCUCCUGGUGAUCUUUUUAAGAAGCUGUUGACUGGAGCCUCUAUUAGUUCAUGUACAAGCAGUAACAAAGCUAUCGGUCAACAGCCGCUUCAGCCAAGUUUGGGAUUAUUUUAUAGCCAAAAAAGUACCAGAGAGACCAAAGAACAAAGUUACCCUGCAUCACCUUCACAAUUUUCUCACCAAGAUUAUGAAGAAGCAUCUACAAGCGAGAGCUCUUCAACCCAGUCUUCCGCUUCGAACCGAAAGAGUAAUCUUGCAACACAGAUGGAACGAUUCCUUGGUGCUUUAAAUAAAGCAGAUUCAAAUUUAUUGUCCUCGUUGUUGAGAGAUGCUAAAAAAGAUUCUGAUCUGCUGGAGAAUCAGAGGAUCUCACACGAGCAGGCGGCGAGAAAAGCUGUUUGCGACGAAUUGUAUGAUCCCUUCAAAGAAACGGACUGCAAUGAAAACAGCUAUACAAGUCCGAACACCCACGAUGACCUAUUGCCACACGAAAGAGUUGUGGAAGAUGGCAGUGGCUUUUCCAAAAUUGUUGGAAUGAAAUAUGGCAGUGAAUCAAAGCCUGAGUACCGCUAUCUCUACGGAGAGCCGAUACCUUCUAUUAGCCAAAGCCGACUUUUGGAAGAGCAUGAGAAAUUUUUGAAAGAGUGUGACCAAUUUAAAUCGUCACAAGGUCGUUUCAGCGACGAGACCUAUUUCGAGGACUCGUACGCAGAGGACAAAAGGAAAAAAACAUCCGGAAGGUACAGAGAAGAAGGCAGCCGUAGCCCAGCACGUCCGAAAUCAGUAGAUGCCAAUGAAGAUGCGGCCCAAAAAGCAAGCCAUUAUAAAGCAAUUCAGGAUCUACUGCAGACCGUCGGCCUUAAUUUAGACACAUCUGAAGUCAGCAAAUUAGAUGAUCGGACGAAAGAGCGCCUGUAUGGCAAGAAAGUGAAAUCACAGAGUUCUCGAUUGUCUGAUCGUAAAGACGGGCAGUCAGUAAGUAGGUUUGAUAAACGAGAUAGAAGUCAGUCCACUGAUUCUGAUUCUGUAUCUCCAGCUAAAAGCUCUAAGCGUGAGGUUUACAUGAGCUAUAUGGAUUCAAUUAAGUACCGAAAGGAUGAGGCGGAGGAGCUGAACCUGUUAAGCCUUAAAAGGACUAUUAGGAACAGUCCAGAAGCAGAACAUCAGACAUCAGAUCCACAAAAUAUUGCACCAGCAGGAGUCACACAUGAUCCUUAUAAACCAAUCGCAGAAACGUUCUCAGCUGGUUUGCCGUAUCCUCAAAUGGCUAGUGAAUUUUCCUCAGCUGCACAACAAGAUUCACAGCAGUGUAGUUAUGCUGUAGGUAGACAGGAAAACCCCUAUGGGCCUGUGUAUUAUCCUGCUGCUUACUCAACACCACCACCUGGCUAUCAGGGUUAUGGAGCAUCUGUUAUGCCUUUGCCCAUGAUGCCACCGAACCCGGUCCAAUUCUAUCCAUCCUUUUCAUCAUUUAGCACACCAGGACAUUUUGGUCCUUCUUAUUAUCCCCCCUCUUUAAAUCUGAAUGGCAUUGCCAUGCAGCCGGGCAGCUCCAGUUAUGCCCCGCAGCAGGUUAAGACAAAGCCCACGUCACAAAGCAGGUGUCUCAAAACAAUAGAAACGGUCAAAACCGAGAGGUCCGUUAGUGUCAAACUUUCAGCAUCGAAAGAAGUGCGCACUGUCAUUAGCAUACAGACAGAAAACGAGCCUAAAGAUACUGAAGACGAACCUGAACUGGCAACCAUGAAGGAAGAUGACAUCAAAGCUAAACAAAAGAAAAGGCUGGAGCAGUUUAAUCAGAGAAUGCGAUUGAAGAAGAAACAGCAAAUGGAAGCCCAACGAACACGAGGACUAAACCAAAAAUCGUCACCAGGAAUGGUUAUGCGAACAGAAGUAAAGAAUGUGUGGAUAUGUGGCCACUCCCUCGUGUUCUGGGCUGAGAAGAGGGCCACAUCUCCUGAAAUAGGUAUGCAACUUGGUAUGGACCCUAAUAGCGUUCGCAUAUGGUGGAAAGGUGUGCAAGGCAUGACGUGGCAACAGCUUCUGCCUCAGCUGCUCCAACUGAAAGACAACUGGCCCAACCCUGACAUGAUUCUUAUUCAUCUGGGGGGAAACGAUAUCGGCAAGAUGACCCCAGAGACCUUUGUGUUGGCAGUAAAGAAAGACAUGAUUUCACUGAAGAGCAUUUUUCCUCAAUGCCGCCUGGUUUGGUCGGACAUUUUACCACGGAAGUCCUGGAGGCACUCGGAUGACAGCACGAAUGUGAACAACAUGCGACAGGCGAUCAACAAAACGAUACACGCCAUUAUGCUAGAGCUCGGAGGGGUUUCACUGACUCAUGACAAUAUAAUGUCGACGCAGGACCCUGGCCUCUACAGACCAGACGGGGUUCACCUCUCCGGUAAAGGGAUCGACACGUUCAAUUUAAACAUGCAAGACUUACUUGAGAGGUGGGAAAGUGAGAUAUGUGAAACAGAGGCUUCUGAAAGCUGAACAUUUUUCUAUCAGUUGUUCUUUUGUACUGUGAAACUGUAUUCAUUCUUGUAUCCCUUUUAUACCAACUCAUGCUUAUCAUAGUUAAAAUGCAACUGCAUGUUUUAGUAAAUGGGUUAUAAUGUUAACGUUGCAUCAUUUCUGUAUUUUUAUGUAGAUUUACUGAUUGUGUGAAUCGAAAACAAUAAAAAAAACAUACUUAACACUGUGUAAUGAGUGUACAGACUUUUAUUCUUUCUUCCUUCCUUUCUUGCUAAAACAAUAAAUAAACUGUUGUGCCUUUGGUAGACAGAACACUUUUGGUACAAUUUUUAUGUAGUAUGUAAGUAGUAUGUUCUAAUCAGUAUGGCUUGUUUGUUUCUGAUGAAUGCAAGAUUCUAUUUUUUGUACACGUUUGUGUGGAACUUCCUAACAAUGUAUUAAUGUAACCAUGACCCCUGAAUAUGUUGUUUGCUUUGUCUUUUACAGUUGGCAUUAUAAUAAAAUUCUUGAAUGAUCCUAAA